AUGAAGACCGGGUGUAUGAUAAGAGGCCGGCGGAUAUUGUUGGUGCCCUAUGAAAAGGAGCUUGUGAAGAAAUAUCACAACUGGAUGGAGAAUGAAGAAUUGAGAGAACAAACCGCUUCAACUCGUUUGACGCUUGACGAAGAGUACGCGAUGCAAGAGGAGUGGAUGAGGGACGAAAAUAAGGCCACUUUCAUCAUCCUCGAAUCGGGCGAUGUGCAAAAAACUUUUGAGGAUGCAAUGAUCGGCGACAUCAAUUUGUUCAUCGACGAGGAAAACCGGUGUCGCGCCGAGCUGUCAGUGAUGAUUGCCGAGCCAACGGCACGUCGGAAGGGAUACGCAAGUGAAGCCGUCAGACUGAUGAUCGCCUUCGGGGCACGCCGACUUAAUUUAACUGAAGUUUUCGUCAAAAUCGGCGAUGAGAACAAGGAUUCGAUCGCGAUGUUCAAGAGGCUUGGCUUCGAAGUCGUGCAGCAUUCUGACGUGUUUCAAGAAACCGAACUGGCCGCUCCUGAAAGUAUAGUGAAGGAUUUCGGUGAAUUUUUUGAUGCUAAUGCUACCGUGUCGGACGUA